CCCGGAACAUUCCACUAUUGCUCCUCGACAUCAUUGACAGUGUAUUUGCUUUCAAAAAAGUCCUUCAAAAUGACAAAGCUAAGUUGAGCAUGAAGAUCAACUUGGAAGCGAGAAGGGCAUUCUUAACAUCCUCCGCAAUUUUCAGAUCGUCUCAAUCACAUUCAGGCAGUCAUGGAUUCGAUGCUAAAAUACCCAACACCACCACCACCACCACCAAUGACAAUAAUGGUAGAACCUUCAGCCAAGACAUUGUUCAGAUGUUCAGAGACCCCUCUCUUAAAACUAAGCCUGGAGAACCCAAUUCAAUGGCUAGAUUUCAUAGAAGAAGUCCAUCCAUCAGGGAAACAGAUGAGAGGUUUUUCAAAAUUCUUAGGAUUUUCAAAUGGGGACCUGAUGCUGAAAAGGCUACCGAAGUCCUGUUGUUGAAUAUAGAUCACAGAUUGGUCAGGGAGGUCUUGAACCUUGAUGUAGAGAUUGGUGUCAAAUUGCAGUUUUUCAAGUGGGCUGCCAAAAAAAAGAAUUUAGUGCAUGAUUGUUGCACUUAUAUGCCCCUCAUUCGUCGCUUGGCAGAAGCAGGAUUGGUGGGUGAAAUGUGGCAGACAAUACUACAGAUGGUGAAAAGUGACUGUAGGAUUAAUCCCAGUGUUUUGUCCGAACUUGUUAGAAUUCUAGGAAAGGUUAAGAUGGUGGAGAAGGCAUGUGUCUUGUUUUAUCGCAUAAAGGCGUCGAGGUGCAAACCCAGUGUUUAUGCUUAUAAUUGCCUUUUCAGUGUGUUGAUAAGGGCUAACUGUCAUGAUAAAGUGCAAGAACUUUACAAAGAGAUGUGCAGUGAAGGGAAAUGCCUUCCCGAUACAGUGACUUAUACUAUGCUUAUUGCUAACUUUGGGAAACUCGGGCAUGUGGACUCUGCAAUUAAUCUUUUUAAAGAAAUGAGGGAGAAUGGCCUGCAACCGAGUGCAAAGAUAUACACUAGUCUGAUGGGGACUUUGUUUAAGUCAAGUCGAUAUGGUGAGGCCUUGAAGUUGUUUCAAGAGAUGAGAGAUAAACGUUUUCCUCCGAAUGUUUUUACAUACACUGAGGUUAUCAACGGGCUUGGAAAAGCUGGCAGGGUUCAAGAGGCUCUCAGAAUGUUUCAAGAUAUGCAGAAGGAUGGUUGUUCUCCUGAUGUUAUUUUGUUCAAUAAGCUAAUUGACAUUUUGGGCAAUGCAGGGCAACUUGAUAGUGUUUUCAAGCUCUUUGGUGAGAUGGAAAGUCUUGGAUGCACUCCUACUGUGGUGACGUAUAAUAGUGUUAUGGAAGCCCUCUUUAAGGCUAAAAAUGCAUCUGGUGCCUUGAAGUGGUUCGAGGGAAUGAAGGAGAAAGGCAUUCAUCCAAGUCCAUUCACAUAUUCAAUUCUAAUUGCUGGUUUAUGCAAGACAAAUAGACUAGAAAAGGCAUUAAUGCUUCUUGAAGAGAUGGAUGAGAAGGGUUUUCCACCUUGCCCAGCUGCUUACUGUAGUCUGAUUGAUGCUCUUGGAAAGGCACACAGAUAUGAUGCAGCCGUGGAAUUGUUCAAGGAGCUAAUAGAAAAUGGCAAUAUUUCCAGCUCUAGGAUUUAUGCUGUGAUGAUUAAACACCUUGGGAAAGCAAACCGUAUUGAUGCAGCCAUUGAACUGUUUGGAGAAAUGCAACAGCGAGGCUGCAUCCCUGAUGUGUAUUCCUACAAUGCAUUAAUGUCUGGUCUGGUCAGGGCAAGUAGGGUUGAUGAAGCUCAUACUUGGCUUAAGAAAAUGCAAGAAAAAGGAUGUAAGCCUGAUUUAAGUAGCCAUAAUAUAAUUUUGCAUGGUUUGUCUAAGGUAGGGGGGCCAACGGAGGCUUUUAAGAUGUUAGAGAAAAUGAAAACCUCAGGGAUUCAGCCAGAUGCAGUAUCUUAUAACACAGUUCUUGGUGUGCUUAGCAAUGCAGAUUUUGAGUCCAUAUUGUUGCAUCUCUGCGUGAGACAAUGUUUGGUUUCUCCUAUGGAGAGGUGCUGCUACUUUUGUGAGCAACUAUUGCUCUUAUUGGGCCAACGAUGUAUCGAGGAUUGCUAGAGCGGUUGGCAGGUUAGUUGGUAAAGCAGUAGGCUAUGUCCAAAGUGCUCGAGGACAGAUGGAAACCGCCUUGCAUCAAUCUCAAGCUACUCAGGUCCAUAGUCCUUUAUUUGCAAAACACUUUUUUUUUUCAUGCUUUUUAGAGGAAAUAUUUUGUAGUGGGACAUAAUGACUUUGAACAUGUAUUUCGUAGCAUUUGCUUGCAGUUUAAGAGACUACAUCAUGUGUAUUUCUGACUGGCAUAUUUAUUAAAUAACAUUUUCUUU